AUGAACGGCUGCAUACUUGCUCCCACCCUCUUCAGCCUCAUGUUCUUUGCCGUGCUGAUGGACACCUACCGUGAUGAGCGCCCCGAGAUACGCAUUGGCUACAGAACUGACGGGCAUCUUCUCAACAGCAUGCGCAUGUGGGCCCCCACGCGACUAUCCAUGACUACUGUCCACGACUUGCCCUUUGUUGACGGCUAUGAGCUCAACACCACGACCGAAGAAGACAUGCAACAAGGUAUGGACCUCCUCGCCGCGGGGCGCGCCAACUUCGGACAGACUAUCGACAUGGAGAAAAACGGUGGUCAAUCACCAACCAUCGAUUUACCCACGAUACAGUUCUCCUCUUCGUAG